UGUCUUUCGAUUAUGAGCCGGUGGCGGGAAAAAUAAGGCAAUAUGCUACUCUGUUUUUUUUUUUCGCCAGUGCCAACAGAAGAAUUGACAGUUUGCUGGUAGACACAACAAAAAAAACCCGAAAAAUAUUCCCACAUAAAAAAAACCUUUCCUACCCUUUUCUGUCCGCCAAAGUUGUGUGCGGCUGUGCUGGAGAUGUCAGGUGGAAUCAGAAAAUUAAAUAAUCAGUACGUCACAAAAACAUCAACACGAUCUUUUAAAAAUGGCUAACCAUUGGGUAGGGGAUGAAUCCGUCUAAAAUGCUGUACAUCCCCCCGAAAAGAGAGAGAAAGAGAGAGAGAGAAGAUCCCCAAUACUUGCAAGUUCUACUGACGCUGUCCACUAAGGUUGCUCUGAGUGAACUUCUUUUCAAAUCGGUUUUUCUUUUCUACUCUCUUGGUCACCAUUAUUUGGACAGCUUGGUUGCCCUUCUCCUCCUAUUUCUUCUGCUGGUUCAUAGCAUCGCACACCAGCAGCAUAUUUCCCGCCAGGUAACCCCUCCACACCCAACUCGCUGUUCAGCGGCUACGAUCAUCAGCGAUGCGCUCGGAAUCUCGUCCUCCCGGUCAGGGGGGAAUAGAGCAGCACAAAACGGUAUAUACACGCCGAAAUAUAUGCCGAGAUUCGCACUCUUCGGUUGUGAUGGACGAUCAGCACCACAUUGUCAUAUAAAAAGAUCAACCGGCGAACCAGAAGCGAUCAGUCUAACGCUGACCAGGUUAGCUUAGUGGCGUACGCGUACCAAUAAAACCAGCAAAGCCGUACAGUGUGGGCGAAAGUUUUUCCUCCACAUUGUUCUUGUGGACAUAUCCUUCCCGAGAGCCACAGUUUGAAAAUCGAAAGUGAUCAGUGCUGUGCAUUCUUUUGCAGGACCAGAGUGCCGAAAACGUUGCGUAGUGGUGUAGUGUAUUGGUAGUGCGAGGCUAAGCUUUUCAACUACGACCAAAAAAAAUAAUGAAACUCUGUGCCUUCCUUUUGCUGGCCGUGCUGGGCUGUGCUCGGGCGGAACAGUUUGAAGGAUAUUUUUACCCGAAACCGAGCUGUCCACUGCCCGAAACGGUGUACAUCACGCGUACGGAAACGGAUUACCAGCGUUACACGGAAACGGUCGCUUCUCCGGUGUAUGGCGAUGAGCAGACGGUUGUGUCGUCCGUUUACAUUACGAACACCUACACAGCGACGGUGCCUGUGUACCAGACGGUCACAAAUACCGUCACCUACACCGUUACACCACCGCUGCAGCCGGUCCAAACGGUUUACAGCACGGUAACGCUGCCACCGAUCGUAUCCACCACGACCGUUGUAACGGCGACUCCGGUCUAUCGUACGCAAACGGAGACUCGUACCGUUACACAGCCUCCCGUAACGCUACCGGCACAGGUUAUCUACUCGACCGUACAGCUGCCACCAGUAACGCGCACGGAAACGUCCGUCUACACCACCACCACACCCGUCAUCCAAACCGUGCAGGACUAUCGCACCGUUACCCUGCCACCGGUAACACUUCCGGCUCAAACCAUCUACUCGACCGUACAGCUACCACCGGUAACGCGUACGGAAACUUCCGUCGUUACACGCACCAGCCAGGUUGUACAGACCGUGCGCGACACCGUUACGGUUCCACCGGUAACGCUGCCAGCACAAACCAUCUACUCCACCGUACAGUUACCACCGGUAACGCGUACCAGCACAUCCGUCUACACAACGGCCACACCCGUCUAUCAGACCGUUACCGAUACGCGUACCGUUACACUGCCUGGUGUACCAGUGCAAGGUCAAACCAUCUACAGCACCGUAACGCUACCGCCCGUUACGCGUACCGUCAGCUCGGUCUACACGCAACCGGGCGGCUUCCAGACGGUCUACAUCACCCAGACGGAGGUGCAGCGCGAUCAGCUACAGGGCCAAACGAUCUACAGCACCGUAACGCUACCCGCCGUUACGAAGACCUUCUGUGCACCGACCUAUCUGCCACCGCAGAACACGCUCGCUGCCUACAACCAGGGACGCUACACGAACGGACUGUUUUAAACGCAGCGCAAAACAAACAAAAUAAAACUAAACGAAACGAUCAAGACCGUGAUCACUUUCUCAUUUAAGCAGCCGUUAUUAUGGGAGCGCACCAUUUUGACCGUCCCUUCCUUACCUUCCCUACCCGCUGUUGCCCAUCCGAAUGAAGCAGCGAAACAAAUGAUUUUGACGCAAAGCGACGAACCUGCUCGAACUUCCAUUGCAAUCGUUUAUGUGGUACGGCCAUCGGAAAACGUGCUGCGUGUCAGAUUUGUUUCAUCUUCUGCCUAACCUGUCCACUUCCCUUUUCCAUCUUGCCAUCUUGUUUAAUCGGCGACCUCCGACGUGCCUCCAAAUAGAAGAAUGCCAUAUGAAAUCCGCGCCAAAAUGCUAAUCAACUACGCCCCGUGCCGUGUCGUCUGUCGGCAAACCUUGAGGAUGCAUUUUUAAAUAGAAUCAUCACAAAGCACGCACCGUCUGGUGGGCUCCGUCCCAUGCCUGCCUGCGCUCGGGGUUUUCUUCGGUCACCCUCCGAAAAAUUUUCACCCCUUGUGUCGUUUUUUUUUUCUGACUCUGAUGAAUUUCACAACAAAUCUGAGGAAUUCCCGCGCACGCGCGCCAACAAAUAUGAUGAAGACCACCAUCAACAAAAGCCAUUGAUCACGGACGGCAUGAUCAUCUCAUCAGGUCGUAUCUUUUGGCGUUGCCAAAUAUUAAGCAUGCAUUCAAACGUAGUAUGGGAAUAUGGAUGUUUUUUUUCUUCGGUGCAACCAAUUCACCAGCCUCCCACCACACCCGAUGUAUUGUUUUUCUUUGCCAAUUCGGGGGUCCGUUUUGUUAUAAUUACCGUUUAGGAUUGCUCAAGACGUGGUCAACGUGCAUCUGUUUCCUUUGCCUCCCCGAUAAACUUUUGUGUGCAAGUGUCUAAAUAUUAUGAUGGGUUUUUUUUUGCUUUUCGUUUGGAAGGGUUUUUAAAAGUUUUUAAAUGGCUUCCGUCGUACCAUUGUUUCAAAGCCAAUUAACAUGCGAACUAGUUUAUGAUGCAUAAUUCGUUUUGAGGGAAAGCGGCAGACACGAAACAAUCAAAUGUGUUCUAGUGGCCUAGGUGGCCUUCUUUUAGCUGAUUAUUGCUUUACAUGCUAGUGGUUUAAGGUUGUAUUAGAAAAGUGUAACAAGUGUAACGAGAUUCAAUAAACGAGCAAUUUAUUUUUCAUUUCAA